UUCAUACCCCCAUCAUGCCCCCCGCAAAAGGCGGGUGACUUGCCCUAAAAUCAAGCGUUUAUCCCAACAUAGGCCACUAGCUACUGCUGAGACAAAGAUGUCGGCUAUAGCUUCUUCGCCAGCCCCAGGUUCUCCUGCUUCUUUCCACCCUCGUUCUUCCGUCUUCAACAUCGUCAAUUCCUGUACCAAAACGAACAGGAAAUAGUGUUUUGCAUUCCAGCUUCGGCUUUGGAAGUUUCAUUGUAACUCCUUGACAUCAUGGCUAAAGUUUUUGACUAUGCAGAAGUUGCAAAGCACAACACUGCCGAGAGCUGUUGGGUUGUGUUGUACGGCAACGUGUACGACGUGACAGAAUUUAUUCCGGAACAUCCUGGCGGUUCGAAAGUCAUCCUCCAGCUCGCCGGCACCGAUGCCACAGACGAAUACGACCCCAUACACCCGCCCGGUAUCCUCGAGGAGAACCUCAAGCCCGAGAACAAGCUUGGGACGGUCAAUCCAGAUACUUUGCCCACGGAGGAGAAGUCGCCUGUGCAGGCAGGCGAGGUGGCGCAGGAAGGACCUGUGGAUUUGGACACCCUGUUGAACCUAGACGAGAUCGAGGAAGUCGCUACCAAACAGAUCAGUCACAAGACUUGGGCAUACUAUUACUCCGCUAGUGAUGAUCUGGCAUCGAAGAGCUUCAACAAUCGCGUUUACAGGCAGAUCCUGCUGCGGCCUCGGAUGUUCGUCGAUUGCACCAAUUGUGAUACUUCGACCUCGUUCCUUGGGCAUAAUGUCAAGCUUCCGAUCUACGUGUCGCCUGCCGCCAUGGCUCGAUUGGCACAUCCGGAUGGGGAACAUGGCAUUGCACAGGCGUGCGAACAGUACGGUGCCAUGCAUGUUAUCUCUCAGAACGCAUCCAUGACCCCGGAACAGAUUGUGGCAGAUGCAAAGCCUGGCCAGGUCUUCGGAUGGCAAUUGUAUGUCCAGAAUGAGCGGUCGAAGAGCGAGGCCAUGUUGGCGCGGAUAAAUAAGCUCAAGGCAGUCAAAUUCAUCUGUUUGACGCUCGAUGCGCCCGUGCCGGGGAAGCGCGAGGAAGACGAACGAAGCAAAAACAUAUCUGCAAAUCUCCCAAGUACUGGUGCAAAGACCGGACAGAAGCCCAUGGGCCUUGGGCAAAGUCUGUUCUGGGGCACAGCAGCCGAUUUGACGUGGAAGACGACUCUCCCUUGGCUAGCGGAGCACACCGACUUACCCAUUGUCUUGAAGGGCAUUCAAACUCACGAGGAUGCUUAUCUAGCAAGCUUACACGCGCCGCAAGUCAAGGGAGUUAUUCUCUCGAAUCAUGGUGGGCGUGCACUGGAUACCGCGCCUCCUGCCGUGCAUACUCUAUUGGAGAUCAGGAAAUAUUGCCCUGAAGUAUUCGACCGAAUCGAGGUCUGGGUAGAUGGAGGUAUCAAACGAGGAACAGAUAUAGUCAAAGCACUCUGCUUAGGGGCACGAGGUGUGGGGAUUGGCCGCGCUGCUCUCUUUGGGCUCGGAGCAGGUGGAACACCAGGUGUAAAGCGCGUUCUUGAAAUUCUCAAAGCUGAAACCGAGACUUGUAUGCGACUUCUAGGAGCACAGAAGAUUUCAGAUCUCGGCCCGCAAUUCAUCAAUACGCGCGUGGUGGAACGAGACAUUUACGACGGUCCCGACGGCUUAGAAAGACCGAGUUUGUGGUCAAUGGCCAAAGCUAAGUUGUAACAAGAUAAGGAUCAAAGUCAUGCGCUUUUGUAUAAUGAGUAGAGAAAUACGAAUUUUGAACUAUGAAUAAACAGAAUCACAGAGAAGGGAACAACCAUGCUUAAUGAGCAGCUUACUCGACCAGAUCCGAGUUUCACGGGAAGAUGCUGUUUUCUUGCAUAAUGCGUCAUGCCAUGGGAAAGUGGGUACAGUGGGGAAAGCGAAGAAAGUUUCAAAGAACAUGAAACAAAUUCCAGGGUCAUCCGAGAAACUCUGGAAGAUGUGAAAGAACCAGCAUAACGCCUUGUCCGAUUAUCUCAAGGUCCA